AUGCUCCUGCGUGGCGACCGCUCGAUCCUCUCCCUCUCCCAUGGCUGGCUGACGGCUCUGCACCCGGACCCUCACGGCACUACCCUCGCCGCCGUCCGACGCUUCCUCCUCUUUGACACGGCGGCGGCUGGCGAGGCGGGGCUCUUCUGGGACUUUGCCAGCUUGCCGCAGCGAGGGCCGAACGGGGAGGCUAGAACAGAGGAGGAGAAGCGAAUCUUCAACAGGGGCCUCGAAGUGAUGGGGUCCUUCUACGCGAGCGUGACCGGCACCUCUGUCAUUCAGCAGCGCGACAUGGUCCUGCCUCCCGGCGCGCUUACCGGCGUUGGGGCGUACAACCCAACGCCGUACGAGGGCGAUGGCGGCCGGGGCUGGUGCAUCUUUGAGCAGGGGACGGCCAUGACGGUGCUGGCGCACCUGACGGCGGCGGAGAGGCAGGCGGCGGAGAAGGGCAAAGCGCUGCCAGAGCGCUUCCGGAAGGCGCAGGCGGCCCGUGCAAAGGUGUAUGACAUCGGGGGGGCGGCGCCGAUGGCGCGCGAGAGCUCCCUGUCGCCAAGGGAGGUGCUCGACGAGGCGUGCCGCGCGAUCGAGAAGGCAAAGUUCACGGGCAAGGCGGACCAGGUGAUGGUGCCGCAGAUGCUGGCCGAGUUCGAGUGGGUCUUCCGGAGCACUUUUGAGCGGGCGCUUGAGGACCACGCGGCGAGCGGCGCGACGAUCCGGCGGGAGCAGCAGCAGGCGGUGCUCGCGCGGCUUUCCGAGCGCGAAGGGGCAAAUGGCAGGAGUGUAGGAUCAGGCGUGGAGCUACUAGAGGCCGGGUGA